UCUUCUGUUGAACUCGCCGCCGCUGCUUCGCUUCCAAUUCGUUCGAUUCGCCUCCGCCGUUUGCGUGCUUGCUUGCUGGCUCGCUUCUUCUCGGCCCAAAACCUCACGCGCCGAGUCGAGCUCACCACCACAUCGGCGGCUCCCCUACCCACCGGAGCAGAGCCCCCUCCACCUCUCGCCGCUAAACCCUAGCCGCCGCCAUGAGCCGCUUCGACGGCCGUGCGGCGGACCAGGGCUCCUACCGCGACCGCCGCAGUGAGGGGGCGUUCGGAGGCGGGACGAGGGCGUUCGCGCCGCCGAGUAGAGCGGAUGCUGAUGCCGCGGCGGCCGCGGCGGAGCUGGACGGGCUGCCGCGGUUCGAGAAGAACUUCUAUGUGGAGGUGCCCUCCGUGGCCGGCAUGACGGCGGACGAGGUCGAGGCGUAUCGCCGCCGCCGGGAGAUCACUGUUGAUGGCCACGACGUGCCUAAACCCGUGUGUGACUUCCGCGAUGUUGGCUUCCCAGAAUAUGUGUUGCAAGAGAUCACCAAAGCUGGAUUUGUAGAACCUACCCCUAUCCAAUCACAAGGUUGGCCAAUGGCACUGAAGGGGCGUGAUCUUAUUGGUAUUGCUGAAACAGGAUCUGGGAAAACACUUGCUUAUCUUUUACCUGCCAUUGUUCAUGUUAAUGCUCAACCUAUUCUAGCUCCUGGUGAUGGUCCAAUUGUUCUAGUGUUAGCGCCUACACGUGAACUUGCUGUUCAGAUACAGCAGGAGACAACAAAAUUUGGUGCAUCAUCAAAGAUAAAAAGCACAUGCAUAUAUGGUGGUGUCCCCAAAGGUCCUCAAGUUCGAGAUCUUCAAAAAGGUGUUGAAAUUGUUAUAGCCACGCCAGGAAGACUAAUUGAUAUGAUUGAAUCACAUCAUACAAAUUUGCGGAGGGUCACUUACCUUGUUCUAGAUGAGGCAGAUCGGAUGCUAGACAUGGGUUUUGAACCUCAGAUUAAGAAAAUUGUUUCUCAGAUUCGUCCAGAUCGCCAAACACUUUAUUGGAGUGCUACCUGGCCAAAGGAAGUUGAACAGCUAGCAAGGAAUUUCCUUUUUGACCCUUACAAGGUUAUAAUUGGUUCUGAAGAACUGAAAGCUAAUCAUGCAAUUUGUCAGUACGUGGAGAUAUUAUCUGAGAGUCAGAAGUAUAACAAGUUGGUAAAUCUACUGGAGGAUAUAAUGGAUGGCAGCCGUAUUUUAAUAUUUAUGGACACCAAGAAAGGAUGUGACCAAAUCACUAGACAGCUUCGGAUGGAUGGUUGGCCUGCUCUAUCUAUCCAUGGUGACAAGAGCCAGGCAGAAAGGGAUUGGGUUCUUUCUGAAUUUAAGUCGGGGAAAAGCCCUAUUAUGACAGCUACUGAUGUAGCUGCUCGAGGCUUAGAUGUUAAGGAUGUUAAAUAUGUCAUUAACUAUGACUUUCCCGGUUCACUUGAGGAUUAUGUUCAUCGCAUUGGUCGAACUGGCAGAGCUGGAGCAACAGGAACAGCUUACACCUUUUUCACGGCUGCUAACGCCAGAUUUGCCAAGGAUCUUAUUAAUAUUUUAGUUGAAGCUGGACAAAAGGUCAGCCCUGAAUUAGCUAAUAUGGGCCGUGGUGCACCACCCCCCUCUCUAGCUACAACUGAUGACAUCUUAAUGGAAAUGGAGUUCCCAAAGAACUCAUUCGUCAGCACUGCCCGUCCAUCCAUCAUCUUCAUAUGGACCUCUAUCUCUAGGCCCUAUAUAUGCUUCCCCAGCUCCAGUGCAAAGCAGAUACAGAUGCAGGUGCACGCCCACCACACCAUGCCCCAGCUUUCCAGUGGUCUCAAGUCCUAUCAGCCUUUCAAUUCAUCAUUCGCAGAGGUUGUGGACCAGACCACCAGAUGGAAAAUGUAUCCAUGCAUCAUGCAUGCACACAUGACAAUAUAUCUAUCCUCUUCCUUGUCGCAUUUUUUGGGUGCCGACUCUGCUUGUGAAUAUAAGUAUACUGGAGUACUACGGUGAAUACUGAAUACUACUACAACUACUGCUGUAGCACAAACCAUCAUCAAUCCUCAGCUAUAUAUAUGAUGAACCAGUGACAGUGAGCGGUAGCUAGCUACUCCUUCCCAUCCUAAAUUGUUGUCAAAAUAUUACAUGUAUCUAGACGUCUUUUAAGAAUAGAUACAUUCAUAUUUAAACAAAUUUGAGUCAAGAAUUUAGAAUCAGAGGGGAGUAGUAUUUAAUGCUAAUUAAGCUCCCUAUAGCUACACAU